UUUCUUGGUGUUAGAAAUUACAGAAGGUAAUUUUCAUUUGUCUUGCUUUCAUAUACACCUCUGCCCCACAUCUUGAGAAGAUGGAAAGUGGUUGCUCAAAGAAUGGUGUAGCUUGUCCCCAGCUUCUAGAUUUGAUUCCUAGAGAUAGAGGAGAAUGGCAUGUAAGGAGAGAUGAUGGGUCCUCAGAGGAGAGGAAACUUGAACUAAGGCUUGGUCCCCCCGGUGAAGAGAACUGGUCCAAAAAUGAUGCCUCCAAUAAUAAUAACAAAGAAAGAGAUGAAUCUAUUCCCUCACUUGGGCAUCUUUCCUCUGCCUUGAACAACAGUGGAAACAAGGCACACAGCUUUUCUUCAUUAGAGAACCGCCUGGUUGGGUCAGUUUUGUCCUCUCCUUGGGCGCAUACCCACCAGCACAAUCAACAGCAGACAAAGGCUCCUUCAUUUCUUCAGUUCCCAUCAACAGCCCCACAGGGUUUGCCUGUUAAGGCAAAGGAAUCAUCACUGCCCUAUUGCACUAAAGUUGUAGACUUGCAGAACGCAGAAAAAAAAUCAUUUUCACCCGCUUCUGCAAAUACAGCUGUAACCAACAUCUCUCAGAAAAGAACUGCCCCUGCUCCAGUUGUGGGUUGGCCUCCGGUUCGUUCCUUUAGGAGAAACAUUGCAAGCGGCAGCUCCUCAAAACAGGCUGCUGAAUCACCAAAUGCAGUGCUAAGCAAGGGUUCAGGUGAAAAAUCACCUGUUGAAACCAGUAACCAAGGUCUUUUUGUUAAGAUCAAUAUGGAUGGAGUCCCAAUCGGAAGGAAAGUUGAUCUCAGAGCCUAUGGCAGUUAUGAAAAACUCUCCACAGCUGUAGAUGAGCUUUUCCGAGGUCUCCUUGCAGCUCAAAGAGAUUCCUCUGCUGGAGGAAUAGUGAACAAGCAUGAAGAAGAGAAAGCGAUUACCGGUGUGUUGGAUGGAACUGGGGAAUAUACGCUUGUUUAUGAAGAUAAUGAAGGGGACAGGAUGCUUGUAGGGGAUGUCCCAUGGCGCAUGUUUGUUUCAACCGUGAAGAGGCUGCGCGUGUUGAAGAGCUCUGAACUUUCUGUGCUAAACAUUGGAAGCGGUAAGCAAGGCAAGAUCCCAACCUAUCCUUGAAAUGAAGAGUUCUUUCUACUAAAGAUUCUCCAAAUUCUGGAAGAGAGACAUGUUUUGUGUUCUUAUUUUGACAUGUUGCUUCCCCUAUUUUGUAUGGAACUUGUUGCUUCCAAAGUAUAUAUUGUCUUAUUAUGUGUAGCUGAUAUGUAAUUUUUGACUACUUCCCUUUGACAUGCUCUCUGUUACAUUAAAAUGCAGUUUGGAACAAUGAUUAGUAGUAGUAUCUUCUUGACUAUUUGAUGUUAAUCAUGCUUUACUGCCACCAAUUCUAUAACAAAACUGAAGGAAUUAUGUAUGUGCUGUAAUUUGAAAAGUUCAACAACUCUUCCUUUUCCCUUGUUGGUUCCUUUUUCUUUAGGCGUGGGGUGGGGAAAAAGCAGAGGAAAUUCCACCUUCUGUUCGAAAGGGCAGACAAAUGAAAGUGACGCUCUAGA